AUGGACAAUAACAAAGAGGAGCCACCGUGCGAAAACCCUAAAACCUGUUCCCAUACGAGGCGGCCGCUCCAACGCCCGCCGCCCCCCGCUCGUUUCUGCCACGCUCGCCGACCCCACCGACACUGCGUGGGGCAAUAAAAACAAACAGAACGAGCGCUUGGAUUGGCGGCCUCCAGUGAGCGAACAACUGUAAAAGUGGGACGCCACCGAAGAAGAAGGCAGCAGCAACAACAACAAUAACGAGCUGAGAAACGGUGGUCGCGUCUCUUGAAGAUUUCACUUUUCGACGAGCGACUCAGCGGAGCACAACGAUUUUGAACCAACUAAUAGCAAAUAAUUGCAUCUAACGAAACACACAUUGUACCUGAGAAACGAAGAGCAACCACACCGAGAAAUAUGUAUCGUGCCAGUGGACUGAGGAUUAUGCAACAGGUGCGUGGAAGGAUCACCAGCGAGAUCCAUGGUGUCUAUGCUGUUGCGCCUGCGCUGAAAACUUUCACUUUGCAACAACAACAAACGCAACAAGGUCGCUGGACGGCAACGUCGACGGUGACUGGGAAACAGGUGACGCCGCCGCAGGUGACUCCUCCGCCGCGUCACGACUGGAAUCGGGCUGUCAGCGAGGCGGAGCGCAUCGUGGGCUAUCCCACCUCCUUCCUGAGUCUGCGUUGGCUGCUGAGCGACGAGAUCGCCAAUGUAGCGUUGCACUUGCGCAAGUUGGUGGGCAGCGCCCAUCCCUUGAUGAAAACGGCCAAGCAUCUGCUCUACAAUGGCAAGAACACGAUGCAGGCCUGGGGACUGAUUGUGCUUCUGGUCUCAAAGGCGGCCGGACAUGCUCCCAGUGUGCCGGACGUGGAGCAGGACAAGAGCGCUGGAGUGCUUCACUCGCAACGAGCCCUGGCCGAGGUUACCGAGAUGAUCAGGAUUUCCCAUCUGGUCCACAAUAGCGUCGUGAAUCUGCAGUCGGGAACACAGGCUGGCCAGGAUGUGGCCACCUUCGACGACAUGUCCUUUGGCAACAAGAUCGGUCUGCUCACCGGGGACUACUUGUUGGGCCACUCCAGUGCCGAGCUGGCGAAUCUGCGCAACCAAGAGGUGGUGGAGCUGAUCUCUUCGGCGGUGCGUGACUUCUCGGAGUCGGAAUUCAUUGGCGAGCGGGAUGAGCAGAACAACCCGCUGCCCUACAAGCCAGGAACCUUCCAGCGACCAUCUCUGAGCGUGGGCGUGGACUUCAACGAGCACGAUGUGAUGUCUCCGAUGCCCAUUGCUCAGGUCUUGGGGAAUCCGGAGCAGGAAUGGGAGUGCAGGAAUAUACUUAAUGCCGGCAGCUUGUUGGGUAAAUCCUGCCAGGGAUCUCUGAAGUUGGCCGGCCAGAGUGAGGAGCUCCAGCGCCAUGCUUAUCGGUUUGGAAAGCACUUGGCUCUGGCCUGGCAGGCUUGCCUGGACGCGGAACCCUUCCAGUGCCCCACCCUGCCACUGGAUGCCACAUUCAGUUUGGUUAGCGCCCCCGUUCUGUUCCAUCUGGAGCACGAUCCUGGAAUGUAUGCCGACCUGGAGGCGGGCAAGCAAUCGGUGGACAACAUCGACUACGAUAAGAUCCAUAAAGCAAUCUUGGCAGGACCAGCGCUGAACAAGACCAAGGAGCUGCAACGGAAGCAUACGGCUGCUGCUCUGGCCGUUCUCCAGCACUUUCCGGCCACGGAUGCUCGCCAGGCUCUGGAGAACAUCAUUCUGGCCAUGCAGGAUCUCUGAUCCAUUGAUCCACUGAUCCAUGACUAUUAAUGCUGAUUUUAAACGGGUUCAGGGCUUAGUCUAGUUGUAUUUAUUCCAUUGGGUAAUUCAUUUAUAAAGAGGACAUUGUUGACUAAUCUUAAAUGGGGUUAUUUAAAAUUAUAAUCAUAUUUAAGUGAUAUUCAGAUGUAUCUUAAAGAUCAAGUUUUAUUAUUAAAUUUUCGAAUAUCUA